AUGGAUUUUAUCUCUGGUCUACCAAAAUCUGAAGGGAGGGAGGUCAUCCUAGUGGUAGUGGACAGAUAUACCAAAUACAGUCACUUCUUGGCACUCAACCAUCCUUACACAUCAGCAACAGUGGCCAAGUGUUUGCUGACAAGACUGGGCACCUCUUUACAUUUGAGCACUGCUUAUCACCCUCAAACAAAUGGACAGACUGAGAGGGUGAAUGCAUGCCUUGAAUCUUACUUAAGGUUUAUGAUAAAUGAUAAUUUACAACAGAGACAAGUAGUGGGACACAUGUUAAAAGGAGUGCUUGAGGAAGCUCAGCACAGAAUCAAACAACAGGCAGACAAAAAAAGGAUUGAAAGGGAAUUCAAGGAAGGAGAGUGGGUGUAUUUAAGGCUACAAUCUUAUAUGCAUACAUCAGUGCAGCUAAGGAAGAAUUUAAAACUUGCUGCUAAGUUCUUUGGCCCUUACAAGAUACUGGAAAGGAUUGGGAAGGUGGCCUACAAACUGCAACUUCCACCUGAGUCCAAAAUUCACCUACAUUUCAUGUCUCUCAGUUGA